AAAUUAAAAUAUUUUACAUGGCAUAGCUUCUCACAUUGUGUCACUCACAUAAUUUAUUAAUAUAACUGUAAUUAUGUAUAUAAACUAUUUAUAGUAUCUUACUUUUAGACAAACAUUGCACUAUUACUUUCAAUGUAAAUUUAUGUACAGAAUUGAAAACGUCGUCUAAGUUCAAUAAAACUUAUUAAAUACCUACCACAAAGACAUAACUUUAAAAAACUUAUUAUUAAUUUUGAAUUCUUGUAAUUUUCAACUUAUCAAAAGUCGAAUGCUAUCGAUAAUCGUUCGUUUAUUUGAUGUCACGUCAACAUUCAAUUCCUAUUACGUAUAUAGUUUAUACAUUUAGUUAGGUUAAAAACCAAAUGUUACAAUUGAAUUAGGUUAGGGACAGUUCUAUUUAUGGGACCAUAACCUUAACUAAUAUAUAUAAAUUUGUGAAUAUUAUUUUAAAUUAAACAGGUUUACUUAAUAAUAAAUAUGAAAGUUUGGAGAGAAUCUGCUAGUUUAAUCUUAGCAGCUCGUCAUACACAAAAAUACAUUAAUUCCUCCUUACCCUCAAAUUUUCAGUAUAAUUACAAUUUGUUGUGUUUAAAACGUCAUCAAAAUUCCAAGUUUAUGCCAAAUACUUAUGUAUUUCCUGGUGGCGUGGUGCAUCCCUCAGACGCUGAUUUGAAAUGGCACGAUCUUUUCUCUGCCUUCGGUUUCGAUGUUAAUAGUUUCACGUCUUUAAAACCAACCACAAGUAUGCGUCCUUCUAUUUUUAAAUCAGGCCCAAACGAAUUGCCAAGAGAAAUUUCAUUGCGUAUUACUGCAAUUCGUGAAACCUUCGAAGAAUGUGGCGUAUUAAUCUGCAAGCAAUCAAGAGAAGAUAAUGCUUACCCUGAUUGGGCACAACACGUUAAAAUUUCUGAGAAUGAAUUGGACAAUUGGCAAACAAAGGUGCACAACGAUGCAACAGCAUUUUACUCGUUAUGCGAAAACUUUCAUUGCUAUCCAGAUUUAUGGGCUCUUUACGAAUGGAGCAAUUGGUUAACACCAACUUAUUAUACUAGAAGACGAUACGACACAGUUUUCUAUUUAGCUUGUUUACCAAGCGUGCCUAACGCUGUUCCUGAAGCGACGGAAAUGGUGGAUUCGAAAUGGGAUGUGCCAGGAAGUUUUUUAUUUUCUCCGGGUAUUUUGUUGCCACCUCCGCAACAAUAUGAAAUUGCAAGGAUAGCGAAAUUUGAAAGUAUAGACAAUUUGUUAGAUUUCGCUGUCGAUCGAAGUAAAAUGGGAGUACUUCUGAAUUUGCCGGUGAAGGUGGAGCUGCAGGAUGGAAAAGUGCAUGUUUUACCAGGAGACUCGAUGUACCCUAAGGAUGUUAGUUUAAUCGACGAACAAAUUAUUAAUAGAAGUGAUAUCACUAUUCGUGAAUUUAGAGAAAUAUCACCAACAAAAAACAGGAUGGAAUUUUUUAAUCUUCAAGUAAAGGAACUAUUCGUUCAAAAUUUUGAUAGUACAGAUGGUCAUUUAGCUCCUUUACAAGUGAAAAAUGUCUACAUAACUUCGUUAAAUAAAAAGUCUAAUCUAUGAUCUAUUUAUGUAGCAAUAUACAAUGUUUUUUGAUGCAUAAUCUUGUGCAAUUUUGCUGUGUAAAUGAAACAACGUAUACUAAUGUUUAAUAAAUGUACAAUGUAUUUUUUUA